AUGGAAACCGCGGCCGUUGGCAAGCGAUUUCAGGAUGGUACGAAGUGCAACUUUGUGCACUUCGGAUCGCCAAGGUCCUCUCCGGCAGCCGUCGCUCAUACUCAUACUCGUCAGCAAACCAGAAGUGCCCGCCUACCAGUACCGAAGCUGCCGUGCCUGGGUGGCUGCCACCUUUUCGACCACGUUGGCGAUCCAAACGGCGCUGAAGGGUUGGAGCUCGAAGAUGAUCCUGAGCAUCCAGAUGAUCAAGAUGCUGUGGCUGGGUUGCCAGAUGAUGACGACCCUGCACCCAUUGAACGCCUGUCGCGUUCACCAUCUCCUCAUCUGCAUGAUGUAUCAGGUGUUGUGGCGCCCAUUAUCGAGACUCACAUCGAGCAUCUGCCUGAUAACCUGCAAGCAAAGAAGCCGAUGAGGGCUCGAACUGCGCCCGCACGCAAUCGCGCCUCCCCAGACAGUGGCCCUCAGUAUCAUAUGCAAAUGCCUGAAGUCUUCACAACGCAACUAGCAGAAACAUCCAAACGUGAGGAAGAACAACGUCAGCGCCAUGCUGACAAGAUUGAGGCGCAGAAUCGUGCAUGGUACCAUACAGUUGUGUAUUCCUGGGUAAAGGAUGGUGGUCAGCCCAACGUGUUCGAGUUCCAGUCGGGCACAUCGUCAUUUACUUGGCCCCACUUAUCACUAAACCACCAAGUUAUAUCCCUGAUGGGACUGGCCGCUGCUGGUGUUGACGAAGGGCCAGGCUAUCUUAUCACUGUCGUCGAAGGCCAGCCUGUCCUCCUCAAGAACCCAAACGUAACUCAGUGUGUGGAUCUCGAUAGCUGUAUCCGAAGCAUCAGCGACUCCCCACCUAACCUCCGCUCUCACUUGGCUGCCGACCGUGCUGCAGUCCGUGAGGAGCUGCGUCAGCACCAUAACGUUUUGCCUGCACCCAACAAAGUCGUCUUUCAUGCUCAUUCGCAUUCGCAUUCUCAGCCGCAUUACGCUCAGGACAAUGUCAAGAUGGGCAACUCGCCAUCUGAGUUGGAGGUCGAGGCCCUGUUGCUAUCAAAGGGCAAGGGUAAAGUCAAACCUCCAUUGGAAACUUCGCCUAGUCCUCCUCCUGCUGAACCUCAUUCCAGACAGCCCUCCUUAUCAUAUUCAGCAUAUUCAAUUCCAUCUUUUGGGACACUGUCUCCGCCCCCCAAACCUUUCAAACGAAAUGUCCGCCGUCGCAGUCCAUGUAGUCCCACGACCAGUGUGGACUCUAGCCCACCCCCACCUCGUACUCGUCGUAAACCACUCGAACGGGCCACUGCACGCCCUUCAGUAGGUUCAUCGACGGCUCAUGCAGCCAUAUCUGGAGGCACGCUCUCUGAUCCGAUUGACGUGGACAAUGAUGUCAAGGUCUGGCCAGGUGAUUUCUACGCAUGUGAUAUUGCCAAGGGCUUCAGACUCUGCGAGACAAUCAGCAAGCGUCGCCAAGGUGUUGGUGCGGUGUUCCGGAAGAUGUUUGGGGUCCCUUACGCUAGCACAACAUAUCACACUCACAAGAAGCGUUGGGCGGAUGCACCCGCCAAUGUUACGGAUAAGUUCAUCAAGGCUGGGCGAACAGAAGAUGGUCUAUGGUCGAAGUUCAUGGCAGAGACCCAGUCCUGA